AUGUCAAGUCGAUUAGAAUCUUUGCCAAAUGAAUUAUUAAUUGAUGUUUUCAAAUAUUUUGAUAUUUCAAAUUUAUAUCAUAGUUUUUGGGGAUUAAAUCAACGAUUUAAUAAUUUACUUCAUUCAAUGAAAAAUUUUUCUUUCAUUAUUGAAAAAAAUAAUUCAUUAUCAUUUAAAAUAUUUGCUCAUCAAAUUAUUCGAUUAAAAAUUCAAACUUCACAAUCUAUUGAUUUUAGUCAAUUUUCAAAUUUAAAUUCAUUAGAAUUAUGUCGAGCAAGUCAAAAUCAAUUAGAACAAAUUCGAUCUAAUAUAAUGCCUAAUUUGGUUUAUCUGACAAUAUCAACUCCAUUUCAUAUUUCAUUACCUUUAGAAUUAAUACAAGAAAUAUUUUCAAAUGAUUUUCGUUUUCUUCAUUAUGCACAUUUAAGUCGUUUAGAUAUAUUUGAGAAUUUUUCAAAAUUUCAAUCAUUUUCUCUUCAUACUUUAUAUAUAACUUGUACUGAUUCAAAUAUUAUUCCUUUAGUUCUUCAAACAUGUCCAAAUCUCGUUUCUUUUCAUGUUACAUUUUUUGGUCAAAAUCGUCAUAUUCUUCCACCUUCAUCAUCUUAUAAUCAUUCAUUAGAAGAAUUUUUUCUUCAUGAUCCUUAUCAUAAAUUAUCAUUUGAUACAAUUCAUAUUAUUUUUCUUUUCAUACCAAAUGUAAAAUAUUUAUGUUUACAAUUUUUAUGUGAUGUACCAUUUAUAAAUCUUAUUGAAAAUAUUUUAAAUAG